GGUAUCUUGAUUGCUGUUGACUCGUUCAUUGGUCAUGUCUUGGUUCCGUUGCACCCGCGCCAGUCACCAUUGCGCACCCGCACCUGUACGAUGAAGGGAAUGGGAAUACUACGUUUGGCCAUCGACACUACUUUCAGUCAGGGGUGUACUCAAUAUCUCGGUGGCAAACAAGAGAGGUCAAGCAAAUAUCGGUGACCUGCUGCCAACCACCUGUCCAAGUGGAGCUUGCUCUAGUAUCUAACGCUUCGCCUCGACAUAUAAACUCUUUCAAGAUGAAGUUUACGCUCGUCGUUGCUCUUCUCUCUGUCAUCACCCCCCUAGCGUUCGCAUUCCCAAUACUCGGGUAUGUUACAUACGACUUUGUGUAUAGCAACGCUAGUGCGUCCCUCGCCACCGUCUCUUGUUCUAACGGUGCGAACGGUCUUUUGACCAGGGGGUAUACCACCUUCGGCUCUAUCCCUUCAUUCCCAAACAUCGGAGCUAUCCCAGGUGCCACCUGGAAUUCUGACUUGUGCGGCACCUGCUGGAGUGUCAAGUACACAGCCCCCGACGGUGUUCAAACUACCAUCUUCAUCACCGCUAUCGAUGCAGCUACUACAUACAAUUUCUCCCCGCGGACGUUCUAUGAGUUGACUGGCCUCGGGUACGGUAAAGUUGCUGCCGGAGUCACUCGUGUCCCUGCCAGCAACUGUGGGAUGUAGUGGCAGGCUAUCCUGCUGGGAGUGCUGGGAACGGUUGUCAUUAUCGAACAAGGUUCUUUUUAUUCGUUGAUUUAUGGGCGGGGCGAGGCAGCUUGUAUGUUGUGGUUUGUUGAAUGUUUUUGGGUGCUCGACGGACACCUUUGUUACGUAUGUUCAUUGUGGUUUCCUUUGAAAGCAUGUUCAGUUCUCACCGUGUAUUAUAAACCAGACAGUAGUUUGUAAAUUCUUGGCUGAGGCUUAUAGUGGUUCGCAACAAUAUUGUGGA